AUUUCCCGAGUGUCCAUGUCGACUUGAGCGCAUUUUAAGUUUAGUAGUCGACGGUGGUGAAUGCUCAGUGUUAGUAGGGUGUCUGGGAAAAUAUUAUAGGUCGAGGUGUCGUCGUUUGGAUACAAUAUGUGAUUUCCAAGCAAAAUGAUACUGAAAAGUGUAUUUUGGAUAUUCAUUCCGUCUCUACUAGUUUUUGUCUACAGUGAAGGAGUAGUAAAACAAAAAACUAGGAAAGGAAAAUUUCUUCUGCCGUUUUAUGUUCAACAUAGGCCAAUAGAAAAUAGAGGAUUGUAUGGAGAUCCAUACCUGACUGAAAGCAGUUUCGAUUUCGUCAUCAUCGGAUCCGGUCCUUCGGGGGCGGUAUUGGCCAACAGAUUGUCGGAAGUGCCAGAAUGGAACGUACUGUUGAUAGAAGUUGGCGGGGAAGCUGACUCUUUUACUGAUAUACCUUAUAUGGCAGAAUUCUUCCAGUUUACUGAUUAUAACUGGGGAUACUCAGCGGAACAACAGAACACUUCGUGUAAUGGUUGUCCGAAUAAAAGAAUGAGACUACCUUCCGGAAGAGCUCUAGGAGGCAGCUCCAUCAACGACUUUUUACUGUACUCCAGAGGAAAUCCAGCAGAUUUUGACAAAUGGCAAGAAUCUGGAAACCCAGGAUGGUCUUACGAAAGCGUGUUAAAGUAUUUUAAAAAAUCCGAAAACGCUAAUCUCAGCGCGGCUGAUCCUGAGUACCAUCAGGCGGGAGGACCAUUGACCGUCAGCGAUAUUCCGUAUAGAACACAAUCUGCUAAUGCCUUUGUCCAGGCUGCCCAGGAAGCAGGGUAUCCGUUUUUGGACUACAAUGGAAAAAACCAAAUUGGUGUUUCGUACCUUCAAACCAUCACCAAAAACGGUAAAAGAGUCAGUGCAGAAAAAGCAUUCCUUAGACCAGUACGUUAUCGAAGUAACCUUAAAAUCAUCAAAAAUUCCCGCGCCAUCAAAAUCUUGAUAAGCCCUGACACCAAACAGGCUUAUGGUGUUAAAUAUAUCAGAGCAAGACAGUAUUGGCAAGCCUCAGUUAAAAAGGAAGUUAUUGUGUGUGCAGGAUCCUUCAACAGUCCUCAGCUGCUAAUGUUGUCAGGAAUUGGACCAAAACGGCACCUGGAGAAUUUGGGUAUCUCAUUAGUACAGGAGCUACCAGUAGGAAAGAAAUUGUACGAUCAUGUCUUAUUCCCUGGGUUGAAUUUCGUACUGAACCAGUCGAUAGUUCCCAACCAAGAAUGGGAAACUGGAAAGCUAGACAACUAUAUCGCUAUUAACGAUGGAAGAGGUCCAUUUACAGUACCAAUAGGUGGACUGGAAGCUGUGACGUAUCUAAAUACUAAGAAAACUCUGGUUUGGAAUCCAAGCCAACCAAACAUUGAGCUGUUGCUCUUCGGAGGUGGUAUCAGUGGCGAUAAAAACCUAGUUUACAGAAAACUAUUUGGAAUAUCUAAGGAAGUGUAUAAUACUAUUUGGAAACCAUUGGAAGGAAGGCCCGUACUACAAAUUUUGCCAGUAUUGCUAUAUCCCAAGUCGUCUGGAUACUUAAAACUUAAGACAAACAACCCCUAUCACUGGCCUAAAAUAUACAGCAACUAUCUUACGGAUCCCGGUCACUACGACGCCAGAACGCUUUUGGAAGGAAUAAGAGAAGCUCAGAGGAUUGCCAAAAGUCCAGCUUUACAAAAAUAUGGCGCUCAACUCGUCGGUGUUCCCAUUCCAGGUUGUGGACACCAUGUAUUCGACUCCGAUGCAUACUGGCUAUGUUCACUCUGUCAGCUAGCAACAUCUCUUGGAGAUUACACAUCUACGUGUAAAAUGGGCCCAGACAACGACCCAGAAGCUGUAGUAGAUUCCAAACUAAGAGUCCGCGGAGUCCACAAUUUGAGAGUGGCAGACGCUAGUGUUAUUCCAGGCCCUACCUCAGGCCAUAUCACCACAGCUGGUUACAUGAUUGGAGAAAAAGCUGCCGAUUUGAUUAAAAAGACGUGGAAGAAACGAAGCUAAACAAUUUGGAAUUGUUUUACAAAUAAUUUUAGGUUGAGAUAAAACAAAAAAAAAACAUUUAUAAAAUAGAGUAACUAUAGAACCGUUAGCAAAUCUUCAUUUAUACAAGGAUCUCUGUUCAAUAGCUAUAAUUAUUUAUUAGUCAUAUUAGUUCCAAGAUCUACACAAGACUGAAACAAUUGCCACAAUGUCCAUACUUACAUAUUUAUACAUAUUUAUAAAUGUAUUUUUUAUUAUUAAGGUUGUGAUUGUAUUUAAUUUAUUGUAGUGAUAGAAAAUAGUUAAAAUAGACAAAAGAUAUUGCUCAUAAUAAUUUUUAAUAUUUAUAAAUCAAAUAUUAUUUAUUUUAAAUAGAGAACAAUUUAAUACCUA